AUGAAUCCAGCUGUCUCAAAUUUAGCUCUCAUGCUUGUCAUGAUGCAAGUCUCAAGAAAAUUGAACUUUGAAGAUCCAACCGUUGUCUUCUACGUCAGAGUCGCUUUCGCUACUGCAACCAUUGUUACCUUGGGUGUCUACUUUUAUGUCAAGAGUAUCAUCAUCAAAAAGAAUGACUUAACCACUUUGAAAUUUGUCACUCCUCCAAAUGCUAUGGCUGGUGAAACUGAAGAAAAAUUAGAAGUCACCACUGUUAAAGAUUAUGAUUUAAAACAAGUUCAAGCUGCUAUUAAAGGUGUUUACACUAAUUUGGCCAUGAUGGGUUUCAUGCAUUUAUACAUGAAAUAUACCAACCCAUUAGUUAUGCAAUCCAUUUCACCAGUUAAAAGUGCUUUUGAAUCAAAUAUUGUCCAAAUUCAUCUUUUCGGUAAACCAGCUAGUGGUGACUUGAAAAGACCAUUCAAAGCUGCCUCAAUGUUCGGUGGUUUCGGUGGUCAAGAUUCAGUUAAAACUGAUAAACACUCUAUCGAACAAGCUGAAAAAGCUGGUAACGGUGGUGUUAAACAAGAAUAA